CCGCCCCGCCCGUUCCGCCGCCCGGGCGCUGGCGGGGGAUUCACGGGCCCGCAGUGCCGGCCGGGCCAUGUCGGCGCUGGAAUGGUUCGCGCACAAGCCUCUGGGCGGCGGUAUCUUUUGGAUUCAGGAACGCUUCUACGAGUCGGGCAACCGGGCCAACAUCUGGCUGGUGCGGGGCUCGCAGCGAGACGUGGUGAUUGACGCGGGGCUAGGGCUGCGCAGCCUGCCCGACUACCUGCGUGACGCCGGGCUGCUGGCGCCGGCCGAGGGCGCCGGACCUCGGCCGCUGCUGGCUGUGGCCACCCACGUCCACUUCGACCACUCGGGCGGGCUGCAGCACUUCGAGGAGGUAGCGGUGCACAGUGCUGAGGCGGAGGCGCUGCUCCAAGGCGACAAUUACGAGGCCGUCACUUGGUUGUCGGACCGGGAGGUGGCGCGACCGCCGCGGCCCGGCUGGAGCGCGCGGCAGUUCCGUGUCCUGCCCGUCCGGCCGAGUCGCCUGCUGCAGGAGGGGGAUGUGAUCAACCUCGGAGAUCGACAGCUCACUGUCAUGCACAUGCCUGGUCAUUCACGAGGCAGUAUUUGCUUACAUGACAAAGACCGGAAGAUUUUGUUCAGUGGUGAUGUGGUGUAUGAUGGAUCUAUGAUCGAUUGGCUUCCCUACAGCAGAAUCAGUGACUAUGUUGCAAGCUGCCGGCGCCUGAUGGAGUUAGUAGACAGAGGUCUUGUGGAGAAGGUGCUACCCGGGCAUUUUAACAUAUUUGGAGCAGAAAGGCUGUAUCGAUUAGCUUCCAACUACAUAUCCCAAGCUGGAGUUUGUCACAAGAUUUCUACCUGUGCUAUGAGAUCCAUUGCAAGCGUAGCAAUUCGUGUUGCAAAUUCAAGAAUCACUUCUCAGUGACAGUCAAUUUUGUGUGAUCUGUCACAUGCUGUAUAACCAAAUGGUUGUGAAAGCGUCAAUAACAAGCAGAAGCAGUAUGUGUUAACAAAAAGAUGUCCAAUUGAUUCAGGUGAGCUUAAAAACAUUCUGUUUUUUCCUGCUUUAUUCAUAUUUUUAUAAAAACUCUGUAAACUAGUAGCUUUAGCCAAAGCUAUGGUUUUUCUUUGUACAUUUUCAGAGCAUGUUUUUACAUAUAUUGCAAUUGAAAUAUAUUAUUUUAUUUUUGCUACAACUCUAGCAGAUGGAUAUAUACUAAAAUGAGAGGUUUUACAGUCAUGCCCGAAACCUUGUUGAUGUAUUACUGGACUUGUGAUUAUUCAUCACCUGCUCAGGUUUUGACCUAACAGCUGUUGCUAAGACCUAGUAUGUGCUAGGAGCAGUGCCAUUAGAUCAGAGCAGGAGUAACACUUACGCAGGGCUCAGUGAGCAGAAAGAGAGAAUUCUUGCAGCCAUUGCCACCUGUGGGUUUGGUAUCUGCUGCACCUCUCACUACUUGAAGCUUUAUCUUUGCAAAGUACUCAUCUGGCAUUUUCUUUAGAAUGCACAAACACAUGGAAAUUCUAUAGACCAAACUUUCAAGCUGGAAGCACAGAUACAUCAGUUUAUCACAAAAGCUUCUGGUGCAGACAGACUGUUGAAGCUUUCAUGUUUCCUGGUGUGGUGCAAGGAACCACUGCAGCAGGAGAGAGUGAGCAAGCAGGAGCACUCUCAUUCACCAUUGGCUAGGGAGCUGUUUUGCUUGUAGGCAUGUGAGUUUGGAAUUAGACGAUUUGUGAACUAGUGAAUUAAUGUGUUACAUUACCCUGUACAAAGUGGAUUGAGCUUUUGCUGGAUGUAUUUAUUUUUUUCCGAUCAGCUUAUAAAAAUAUUUGAAGAGUUUAUUGUUCUGGAAAGCUGAGAGAAGUGGACCUUUUAAGGUGUUUGUUUAUGCUAAAGUGUAUUUUUAUGUGAUGGUGUUGUAACUUAAUUGUUAAUCAUCUGUGUUCGGGGGGGAUUGAGGCUUUAACAUGAUCUUACCAUAGUGAAGGUGCUGCAUUAAGCACCCAGUACACUUUUUAUCACAAAGUGAAUGUAGCUCAAAUGGUUUACUGUUUGCAUCUGAAGUAUGUGCUGCACAUGGUUGUUCUGAAAUGUACAGUGUGUUGCAUUGAGUUUGUUCCAAAAAAUAUGUUGAAUAUAUUGAGAAAUGCUAAAUAGCAUUGCAAUUUGCUUAUGAAAAUUGAAUGUGUGAUAUUUAAAAGUUGCUGAGAUGGUUAGAAUUUGUGUAAUUAUUCUAACAGUUUGUAUACAUUCAACUUUUUAAAUGGACACUGUCAGAAUUUAUUUUUUUAACAUAGACAUAUAUAUGUUCCUAAAAAGACUGCAAAUGUUUCUCUCAAAUUUUAGUGCAGUUUAACUUUUCUUGUUUGCUUUCACUUUAUGCAGAAGAUUUUGCCCCCAUCAUAGCCAAUAGUAAGGGAGCCAGUUUUGAGCUCUGUCUAAGGCAUGAGGGGGAGGAAGUUGAUAGCCUUCUAAAUGGAUGCAAAUUCUUGUGGAAAAAAGACCAACCUAUUGCAAAAUUUAAAAAGCAUCUCUGUCUAAAAAUUAUAUAAGUGAGUGUCUUAGGUAAGGCUUUUUCCAUUUUAUAGAUGCCUGCACUCCUGCCUUUACUGUGAAUAUAUUCUUUACUAGGAUUUGUACUGACUGGUUGUUGCCUAGUUCUUCUUAGAAGUGCCUAUCUCUAAGCUGAAGAAAAAUUGUGAGUGGGCAGGCCAUGUGAAGAGAUGCAUCACUUGAAAGACCCGUUAUUAGUCAGUUCACAGUCUCUUUGAGAAAUCCAUGUACAUCAAUGUAUGAUGAGUGUUCAGUGGAUAGACUUACGUCAUAAAACCAAGAGGUGUUUAUCUUCGCCUCAGUUGGCAGAGGAAGAAAUACAAAAACAGUCUGGGAAGCAGGCUAUCUCUAAAGCUUACACCAGUUAUCUGGAGGAUGCCGUGGUGUUACAGGUUGCCUGACAGUAUUUGAAUUCCUGCAAAUUAGUUGAACCAGUAAUACUCAUUCUUUUUAAACAAAGCUUUUGUGAAGACUCUGGGAGCCCUGCUGGUAGCCCCGUGGGUUAAAGCAGUCACCACGAAAUCCAAAGCCUGCCAGUAUGGAUGUCAAGUUGCUAAAGUUUUGUACAUGUUCACUAGAAGAGUAAGAUCACUUUGAAUUGGCAUUCUGUCUUACACUACUAUCAGUUUAUUUGAUCCAAUAUUAGAAUCUCUGUAGCCAGAUUUUAGUGUAUUGUAAAGCCUGAGCUUUUACGAGGAGACUCACAGGCGACAUCAGUUCAAAAGGAAAGCAUAACCUCCAUCCUCCAUCAUUUGUGUUCAAAUUUGUGCUCAAUAUCUCUAUCAGCUGAGAUCCUUAAAUGGCCAGAUCACUGUCAAAAUGCCCUAUUAAGCUAUGCUUAAUUCUGCUAAGUACGUAACCAAAUUUUUGACUUUUUUACUUUGCCAAAAUCUAGGGGAUAAUGUCCUAGCUCAGAAGUUAUCUUUACAUGCACAUCACCCAAAGUGGAGUUUGUUAGUAAACUGCUGCUAUAAUCCAAAUGAAAGUAGUUUUUUGAGGGUCAUGAAAUUAUUUUUUGUAUUAUAAGAAAUUCACUACUAGAGAAACAAUAUUUAAAUUAUCUUAAGUUAAAAGAACAGUUUCUGACUAUUUUUGUUAAGACUUACCAAAUUUUAAUCAUAAGAGUUUGACAGUGGUCCUUUAACACUACUUGGAUUAAACAUUUAAAAAAUGCAUUGUAAAUUUAAAUACUGUGUCAUGUGAGCAUUUAGAACUGUGUUGAUUUCUUUGUAGCAUCUAUAUAUAUGUUAAUGCAGUUUUCAAUAGACUAGGGAAUUGAUAUAAAAAUCAUAUGGGAAGUUUUGUUCUGUAAUCUGUCAAGGCUGUUACAAUGUUAAACAACAGUUUGCACCUAAUUAAUUUUUUUUGUGUAUUAUAAUAAUAAAAUAUUAUAAUCCUA